GCUGCUUAUGAUGUCUGAACGGAGCAUUUCCCGUGGAGAAGAGCAGAAAGCUCUGGUUUUGAAAUUGACAUCCCAUCAUAAGGAAUACUACACUGUGAAAUGGGCGGAAGCUCGUGAAGAUGUGUUUGCUUUCUUUUCUCCUGUUUUUGGUUAACCAAACUGGAGCAUACUUCUUCAUGGAUUACUGGGUGGAAGCCGUCUGCCAUGUUUCGGCUACUUGAUUCCACGAGGAAAACAGGGGUUCCGGGUGGGAGUUUGACGCGGUUGACUGAGGAGCAGGGGAGGAGUGAGGAAGGUGAGGUUUGGAGGGGGAGAGAGUGGAGGAGGAAAUGGAGAGGCAACAGGUGGGCAUGCGGACAGGAAGAUUGUGGAAUUGCUUCUGUUCGAGGAGUGCAUGGGGCUGGAGGUGGAUGGGUUGGAAGAGGUGGCGCUAAAGAGUGUAAUGAGAUGGGUGGAGAGGACGAUGAAGGCGGCGGAUUGUGUCAAGCUGAAGACAUUGAAAGGGAUUCUCGAUGUCCUGAGUCCACAGCAGAGCGUGGACUUCUUAGCAGGGACUUGCAUGCUCCAGAUUCAACUGCGGCAAUGGGGAAAGAGAAGAGAAAGCCGAAAGAAUGGGCUGCUACCAGAAUGAACUGCAUGCCAUUCAGUCAUGCCUGCCUUGUGUUCUAAAUUAAACAUGCUUCGUGUUUCUAGAUUUUACCUUUUUCUUUAUUUAAUUUUUUAAAAAGGUAUUUCUUAGUUCAAACUGUAAAAGAAAAUCAUCUGUUAUAGCUAGAAAUAUUUCAUUGAAGUAAAAAAUGACAUUUCAA